AUGGGAAAUACCGGCUCUGUGCAUGAUGCCCUGGUCCUUCGGAGGUCACCCAUGUAUAAAGAGUACCUUUAUCCACCCGCUGGCUACGCCCUUCUUGGGGAUGGAGGGUACCCAUGCCUGCGGCAUCCAGUCACCAUCAUAAUGCCAUACCGCCAUCCCUUAGCAGGUAAGAAAAGACUGAGGAAAAUGUUUAUUACAUCACAUAGCAGUUGUUUCUAUGCAUUUGCAUUCUGGGAUUUCUAUCAGAUUGAAACAUUAACAUGAGAAGUACUCAUCUGUAUCUUUCACAAUUAGGCCGCGUUGAGGAACGCUUCAACCAGCAUCACACCAGGGCCAGGAAUGUGGUGGAGCGAGCCUUUGGCAUGUUGAAGACCCGCUGGAGAGCCAUAUUCUUACGGGCUUUGGAGAUUCGGGCUGUUUUUGCCCCAAAGGUGGUCACAGCCUGCUGCAUCCUCCACAACCUCUGCCUGGCCACAGGCGAUAUCCCAGAGGAGGAACAUCAUGAAGAUGAUGGGGGGGGGGGGGUGUCAGGAAAACAGCACAACCGAAAACACUACAGAGCACUCCAGUGUCAACCUUCGUGCCAGACUGGCUGCACAGAUGUCCGCUCCCAACAGAGAGCUGCCUGCACAUUUAGUUUAGAUAUGUAA